AUGUCGUUUAGAAAGCAUAAUAAUAAAUACACCGUCGACUUCAAAGCGCGACUCGAGCAUAAAUUAUACCUGGCAAGAGAAAAUCCAGAACCAAUUUUUGAUAUUUCAAAUUGUGCAUUAAAAACAAUUCCGUCGGGUAUAUUUUCACUUUGCAAAGUAUUUAGAAAAAAAGAAUUAAAAUUAAAUGUUAAUAAAUUAACUUCAUUAUCCGGAGGCGGGCAAUUGGAGGAUUUAUCGCUGAUCAAAUUACUUGAUAUUAGCGACAAUGAGUUUGCUAAUUUACCGAGUGAUAUUUAUCAUCUAGAGUUACUUGAAGAACUUUAUUUGCAGAAUAAUAAUUUAAAAAAAUUACCAACAGAAAUAACUGAAUUAUCAAAGCUUAAGAUCCUGAAUGUGUCGAAUAAUAAAUUAAAAUUUCUUCCAGACACAAUGGGAAGUUUAAAAAAUUUGAAUAUCCUGGACAUAAGUGAUAACCCGCUGACAAAAUUACCAAAGUCACUAGGAGAAGCACAAAAAUUGAUAGAGUUAAAGCUAGAUAAUGUUGAUUUAAUUUAUCCCCCGCUAUUUGUUGUCCAAGGUGGUGCCAUAGCAAUUGUCGCGUACUUGGCGCAGGAGUUGGGUGUCAAUUACGCGACGCGUGAUGCAUUUCUGGAUGCACAAUUGGAAAAAUUACAUAAUAAUGAUAAUGAAAGGCUGGUAGAGACUAAAGAUAAUUUACAGGAGAGACGUCAGAAUGCUUUGCUGGAGGUCGAGAAGAACAUCCGAGAGCAACAAGAGUAUGAGUUACAUCUGCAGUCUAUUAACAAAGACAUGAAGAAGAAAUUGCUGGAGGACUUGGUGGAGCAGCAGACGAGACUAGAGUCGGAGAUCGAACGAGUCCAGCAAGAACGCGAAUUAAAUCGCAAUAAAUUAUUGUCUUUUAUUUACAACGCUGAACAAGAAGCUGACAGCGUUAUUGAGAAAUUUUUGAGGAACUCGGAAGCUGAACGGCUCGCACAAGCUCAGCUUUUGGAGAUGGAGAAUAAAGAGCAGCUGGAAUUGUUGUCGCAGUCUCAUUUAGAUCAAUCUUUAUGCCGGACUCGUGAAACUCUCUUGUCGAUGGAGGAGCUGCUGAAAGAAGAAUUAUUAACGGAGAAAAAAAUAGAAGAGUAUAACAAAUUCCGAGACUGUAAUGCUCAAUCGUUGUUAACGUUAGAAUUAAGGAGUAAUAAUCACCUAGCUUCAAUAGUUAAAAAUCAAAAACAAGACCGUGAAGAGAUGAUUAAUCAGCUGCGCAGGGAUGAGGGUCUGCAAAAGGCUGCUCUGACGGCUCUGUUGGAGCGCAGUGAUGCCAGGUCUUGGAGUAUCGUCCAACAAGUGUACUUGAUCCAGUCCCAGUUAGUUACUCUGACUAAUAUUGAGUUGGAGCGAAAGAAAUUGGAAAUUACUCAACAAAUUAAUGAUAUUUCUGACAAGAGAAUUAUAUUGAGUAACAUCCUAGUGGGUUUGUUGGAACAGCAAGAUAAAAGACGGGCAGAGCUACUGGAGACGAUUAAGAAAAUAGAAUUAAGCCGCGAUAACGAUACCGAACGUCGCGGAAGUUUGUUCUGGCUGAUGCAGUAUCAGUCGCUAAUGGAAGCGCGGCCUCAAGGAUUGCUCGAAGGGUUGGAGCCAAUGCUAGUCAGACACGUAGCGAUCGCUGGGGCUCUACACUGCCUACCUUUUUUGGCUUCUCUGCCGUCACUGUUGCCCAAUGUUGAUCACGAUCAACUUAUUUCGAUUGGAAUCAAUAAUGCAGAUGAUAGACAAGCCAUUAUAUUGGCGGUAGAAAAUUAUAAUGCGGAGAAAAAAUUAAGCUCAGAAGAAACGCAAUUACCAACGGCGCCGAUUGAUGAACCGUGUAGCAGUAGUACAAAUUCACAAGACAGAGAUAUUUCACGGGUUGAUAUGACUGAAUGUGUCGUUUGUUUUGAUUCACAGUGUGAAAUAAUUUUUAUACCAUGUGGUCAUCUAUGUUGUUGCGCGAAAUGUUCGAAUAUGGUAAUAAACGAAUGCCCAAUGUGCCGCGGCUCUAUACAGCGCAAAAUUCAAGUGCACAGGCCUUGA